AUGGCGGAUGCCACAGGGUCUUCUGACUCCAGCAGUGGAGAGAGGGACAUGUUGGGUCGACCCAACAGUGAAGCAGAGGAAGGGGAGUUCCCUGCGUCUAGUCUGCACAAAGAGGAGACUCCGACCAUGUGUCAGAGUGCCAAACAGCGGGCGCAACCACACAACACGCUUCCACUCAAGCAGACACCACUCUACUAUAUCAGAGGGGAGAACGGAACAGCCACCCAGCCCACUCGUAUACCUCUGCAGCUUGAUACAGAGCGUGCACAAUGGGACCUUACAUCUGGCGACCAUUAUACCAAAGCUCUGCUGCAGCCUACCCCAGAGGGGUAUAGGUUGAUGUAA